AUGAAAAUUGAGUACUUUUUCCACCAAUGGAUCUCUGUUACUCUAUCAGGAAUGGACAAUAUCAGCAGACUGAUGUUCGUAUUCAUGAUGGCAAUGGCGUACAUGGCGAUGGGAGCCGAGGCACAGAACUCCACAAUCGCUCCAAACACCACAAUUGCAGCUAAUGCUACUAUGGCACCCAACGUAACAAUGGCACCUGUUGUCAACACCACCGUCACAGAUCUCACGGUGAGUUACCUAGGAUUCAUGUCUCACUCUGUCAAUUUGUAUUUUGAGUGCAUUUGAAGUGCCUGUUUGGGAGUUAAAAUAAACUCAUGUACUACACUAUGUCACAUAGGAUUCUAUAGGGCUUUUUAAAAGUCCCCAAAAGUGCUUUAUAACAAUGCAGCAAACAAGCUAAAAAAAUUAAAUAAGAAGCUAUUAUGUUGUGUUCUGAUAAGGUAGUUAAACUAAUCUUGUGAGGAAUUUAUAAGUUACGUUCUUCAAGAAUCAGUAGGUAUAUGUUAAUCAUUUAAAAGUGAAAAAUGUAUCUACCAAUAGCAAAUUGCCCCUUUAAGGUAAAAGGAACAACAAACAUGAUUGCAACUAAUGAUGAACUCUUCAUACACAGGGAAACAUCUCAAGGGCGGAAUGUGGAAAGUCUCAGUUCUGUGCUGCUGUGCCAGACAACUGUGAUCCGUCCGUGGCUGGUUCCUGUUUCUUCGUCUCCACCCAGCAGUCCUCGGGACAGACCUUCUCCUUCCAGCUACGAGGAGUGUCCAGCGGCUACAUCGCUGUAGGCUUGUCCACAGACUCCACACAGGUAUGAAAAACUGCCUUUAGAAUUACUAUACAUUUUACAAUACAAAGGACAAGGGAGUUGGGGUUGGGGAGAGAGGUCAUUUUAACUUUAGGAAAUUCUGGAUUUUGUCAAUUUGGGGUAUUGACAUUUACAUUUUAUUCAUGAAUUGGGAAGAAAUUGCCUAAAUGAAUACUUUUUAAAUAAUAAUGUAUUUGUAUUUAUUUAUUUGAUUUCAUCCUCUCUCUCCUCUACAGCGUGGUAACGACACCACCUAUGUGUGCGCAAACAACAAAGGCAGCGUGAAGUUAUUCACCGCUCUCCUCGACAAAGGAGUUCUGACCGUCACCAACACGGUGAGUUGGACCUAUCAGAACACACUGUUUUAUUUUUGACUUCCUGGAACAGUCCGAGGUUUGAUUUCAGGCAAAUUCAGGAAGUAUCAGUAUUCAUGAAUUUGAAUUCCAUAUUUUCUGGGUGGUCAUUGAAGUUGGAUUUGACCCUAAUUCUCACGGUUAUUCCCUGCAUAUACACUUGGGUGCCAUUUGGGAAACUGCCUGGGAGAAUAACAGUGUACCUGACUAAUUCUACAGUGUAGGCCUACUGACAUUUGUCUAAUGCUCAUUUUGGUUAAUACUGUUGUGUUGUGUAGCUACCUGUGAACUCUAUGAAAGGCUCAGUCAACGAUCAGAUCAUCCAGUGCACCUUCUCUGCUACUGUCCCCAACGCUACGGCCACCCGGAGCUCCGACACCAGCUUCUUCCUCUCCAUCUCCAAUGGGACUUUUAAUAACGGUGAGGCACUCAUCCCAUACAAGUGGGGUAAAAAGUCCCCUAGGGAGGAGAGGAAGUUC